AUGAAAAAAAAAGGAGAAUUAAUCAAAACAAUUUUUAAAAGUGUAGCUGGAAAGUCUAUUUUAAUAGCUAAUGUUUCAUAGGGUUUGUGGUGGGUAUUUUUGUCUAUCGGCAUGAUUGAUCACACUAAUUAUGAAGCUCUUUCUUUAUAAGUAUCAUGCACAAUUUUCAGAAUCUCAUAGUAGAUUAUAAUCGAUUAUUGGUGUGAAAAAUAGGUAAUUUUACAUCUGGUCUCACUCUUUUAUUCUGUGCUGUACAUAGAGACUUUUCUAUUUUUACAAUACGAUAAUCCUUUUGGCACAUAUGCAAAUUGUUUGCUAUUUAUAGUGACUUAUAGGCAAUACUUGUCAUAAGCCGUUGAUAAAUCGAAUAAAAUAUGCAAAAUCGGAUUUCCAUGUUAUGUAAUAUUUAGAAAUAUUAUAUUGAUAUUUACUGAGUUUAACUUUUACCUUAUUGAAAGUCUAGCUAUUUGUGUGGUGGUGUUUCUUACAUUAGCGUACAAUGACGAAUAAUUCAAUUGUCAAUGUUUUUGUUCGACAAACAAAAAAAAUAUUUUAGCAAAAUCAAAAAUCAAGAAAUUUGAUGAUAAUGACUCAGUCAAUUAGUUGCAGUUUAAUUAAUCCUUAGGCAAAUCUUUCAGCCGAGUUUCUAUAGCAUAAACGCCCCUUAAAAGUUAGAGUAUCUAUUUAAAGGAAAUGAGUUACGAAUCUAAGUUAAUUUAAUGCUCAAAUUUAGGAUAGGCAUAAAAAUUAUAAAAAAGUUAAUUUUUGGGUAAUAAGACUUCUGAUUUAUAAUUCCAUUAAUUUUACCAAAAUUUAAUAAACUCAUUUCCUUAAGGAAUUCUAAUACUAAAUUAAAGUCAACAAGUUAGUUACCAAAAUAACAAAUGCGAAAAACUAUUAGAAUGCUCAGGAUCAGAUUAAAUAGUUGAGAAAAUUAGGAUGUGUUUAAAUAGUGCCAAGAUGCCUGAAAAUGAAAAUGACAUAACAAAUCUACUUAGAACACCAAGAUUUAACAAAUAAAUAAAUCAAUAAGCUUUGUUUAGGAUAGUGAAAGAAUUAUAGAAGGAAAAUCUGUAAGUUGACAUUUUGGAUAUUUUACUUCAACCUUAGAAAUACCUCCAGUUUUUAGAAUAGAGAUUGGAUUAAUUAGGUAGCCAAGAUGAUUCUAAAACAGAAUAACUAACCUUUCAAUAAUAGAUGUUUAUUUACGAAUGGCUAUUCGAAUCAACAUUGUAUAAGAAAGUUAAACAAAAGAAACUAAAGAUGAUAAUUAUUCCAACCUUCAUGACAGGUAACUAAUAAGAGUACAUAUCUAUGCCUUCUCAUCACAAAUGUCCAAGCAAACUUAAUAUCCAAUUGUAAAAUGAUGUUGAAAUGCCUGUUUUGUUAAUUAUGAUUAAGAACAUUACAAGUAAACACUAAUUCUAAAAGAUGAAAAAUGAAUAAAUAAUCCAUCACAGUUUGAUAAAAUCAUUUUCGCAUGAAUUACGAACUCCAUUAAAUAGUUGUUAACAUAUGCUCAAUUUGAUCAAAACCUAAUCUGUUGAGAUGAAGAUUUAAGAGUAUGUUGAUAUUGCUUAAUGUUCUAUUUCUCUUUUGAUUCAUUAAAUCAAUGAUAUUUUAGACUACGCAGCAAUUCAAUCAUUUCAGUUUCAAUAUCGUUAUACAUCCUUUACUUUUAACCAGAUUGCUUAGGAGAUUUACUAUCUUUAUAAUAUGCAAAUGAAAUAAAAAAAGAUUAAGUUUAUUAUUAAAAUUCAGCAGAAUUUAAGUGAUGCUCUAAUUUUUAAUGAUUAAUAAAGAGUUUUGUAAAUUUUGGUAAAUCUUUUGAAUAAUGCCAGUAAAUACACAAGAGAAGGAGGUCAUGUUAAAUUAAGCAUAAAAUAAAAAAGUCUGUUCUAUAUUCAUAUCAAAGUUAAGGAUGAUGGAAUAGGGAUUGAAGAUGAUAAAUUGGCAUUGAUUUAAAACAGUUUGAUAGGUAAUGUGGAAUUGGGAGUAACUUUCAAAACGUAAUCGGUGACUUAGAGAGCUGGAUUAGGAUUAAGUAUAGCAGCAAAGAUAGUUGAAGGAUUGAUAGAAUCAAACAAUAACUAGUUGAUGAUAAGUUCAACCCAAAAUAAAGGGACGAAAGUUCAAUUCCAGAUUCAAAACUUCCUAUAGACAUAAAAUGAUUAAUAUUAGUCUUCAAAUCUACUUUCUCAACUGACAGGGAGGUUCAAUCAGUCAGGAUUGUAAUAAACCUUAAGUGAAAGAAAAUUCGAUGAUAGAAUAUUGAUAAAAUCAAGUAUAACAAAUUCUAAGAUGGAAUAUGACAUGCAGCUUCGAGAUAAUUUCUUAUAGGAUUCUGAAUCUUCUUUAGAAACUCCAAAGUUAAAUGAUCGUGAAUAAUAAUAAUAAAUUCAGUUACCGAUUAGUCCAGAAUACUUUUCUCAUAAAUAAAUAUAAUCUUGUCAUACAAUCACAAACAAAGAGAUCUAUUCUUUCAAACAAUACCCUUUAGUUUGCAAAGACUGUAAAAGUGUAUUGAUUGUAGAUGAUAUACCUUUCAAUUAAAUGACACUAAGAUUGAUGUUAUAAAAUUAUUAAAUUGAAUCUGAUCAAGCAUUCGAUGGAUUUUAAGCAAUUGAAAAAGUCAAAUCCAGACUAUAGCAUCCUUGUCAAGCCUACAAGUUGAUUUUUAUGGACAUCGAAAUGCCAGGGAUAAAUGGAUUCCAAACUAGUAAGCAAAUAUUAGAUAUCACAGGCAAUCAGUCCUAUAUUGUGAUCUGUUCUGCUUAUGACACUCAAGAGAAUUUCACUGAAGGAUAAAAAGUAGGAGUCAAUUCGUUUCUACCAAAACCUGUAAAUUAAAAAGAGUUAGAGGUAAUUUUAAAAAGAUUUUUUACAAUAAAAACAGGGAUAUAUUGA